CCCCCAGCUACCUCUAGCGCCACCGAGGGGAGCCGGAGCCGCCUUGGAGGGGCGCCGGGCGCCGGAGCCAUGACCCUCCGCCGGCUCAGGAAGCUGCAGCAGAAGGAGGAGGCAGCGGCCGCCCCGGACCCAGCCGGCCGGGCUCCGGACUCCGAAGCUGCUCCCACCCCGAUCCCGGCCUCGGGUGGCCCGGCUGCGGCGGCUACCCCGGGUCCCCCCGGCGAGGAGCUGUACGCGGCGCUGGAGGACUACCAUCCUGCCGAGCUGUACCGCGCGCUCGCCGUGUCCGGCGGCACCCUGCCCCGCCGAAAGGGCUCAGGAUUCCGCUGGAAGAACCUCAGUCAGAGUCCUGAACAGCAGCGGAAGGUGCUGACUUUGGAGAAGGAGGAUAACCAGACUUUUGGCUUUGAGAUCCAGACUUAUGGCCUUCACCACCGAGAGGAACAGCGUGUGGAGAUGGUGACCUUUGUCUGCCGAGUUCAUGAGUCCAGCCCUGCCCAGCUGGCUGGACUCACGCCAGGGGACACCAUUGCCAGUGUCAAUGGACUGAAUGUGGAAGGCAUCCGGCAUCGGGAGAUUGUCGACAUCAUCAAGGCAUCUGGCAAUGUUCUGAGACUGGAAACUCUGUAUGGAACAUCAAUCCGGAAGGCAGAACUGGAGGCUCGCCUACAAUACCUGAAGCAAACCCUGUACGAGAAGUGGGGAGAGUACAGAUCCCUCAUGGUGCAGGAGCAGCGGCUGGUGCAUGGGCUAGUGGUGAAGGACCCGAGCAUCUACGACACGUUGGAGUCCGUGCGUUCCUGCCUCUAUGGCGCAGGCCUGCUCCCCGGCUCGCUGCCCUUCGGGCCGCUGCUCUCUGCUCCUGGAGGAGGUCCCCGCGGGGGUGCCCGGCGGACCCGGGGUGACCCCGGUGACGACGCCGCCGCUGUCUACCACACCUGCUUCUUUCGGGGUGCCGACCCCCCUGCCCUGCCGCCCCCGCUGCCCCCGGGCGCGCUCUGGACUGAGGCCCGCGAGCAGGCCCUAUGCGGGCCCGGCCUGCGCAAGACCAAGUACCGCAGCUUCCGCCGGCGGCUGCUCAAGUUCAUCCCGGGACUCAAUCGCUCCCUGGAGGAGGAAGAGAGCCAGCUGUAGGGGCCGGGGAUGG